UCUCUGAUAACAAGAGUUUUAGGGAGAAAUCUAUUCAUUGGAGUCACUCUGAAGAGGUGAACCAUGAAGAGGACACAAAAAAGGAAACAUCUGGAAAGCACAUUUUCCACCCAAAGUGCCAAGAAGUCAAGAGCAAAUCUGAAUUUACAAGUCCCGCAGCAUGGAUGCAAGAAAACGCAUACCACACAGCAAGGGGAGAUUCUUCCUCUUCGUCAGACUUCAGCCCCUGCAUCUCUUCGGAAAACAAGUUCACAUGUGCUGAAAUCUCAACAUCACACACAUAUGAUCCCCCAUCUGAGUACUCUUUCAACAACCACCCUCUGGUCUCUGAGGCAAAGCAUGAAUCCUCUGAAUCGGAAUAUUUCACCUGUAACUCCUCCAUUUACCAUCACUCUUGUAUUGAGGUCAUAAAAUCAUGUGAAGACUCUUCCCGUCCUGGACCCUCUAGGUUGGCCCAGGUCCAGGAGCAGAAGGCAAAGGAUUCACAUUCUGGAAACAUCUUCUGUGUCUGUUCUCCAGACAAGCUCAUACAGAGUGAAGACAGGAGAAGUCAUGAGGAUGUUCCUCCUCAUGAGUUGUGUGUGUCAGCCCCUGCUUGCAGUCAGGCAGCAGAAGAAAAGGCCUCUGUCUCAGAAUACUUCUCCUGUGUCUCCUCGCUAAGCAAGCUCAGUCCUGCUGGCGGGGAUGGAAGCCCUCAGUUACAUCAAGAUGCGUCUUCUCUUGGAUACCCCACGAUGUCAGAGAGUUCUUCCCCCUUUCCACAUGCCUCUUUCCCAGGACAUUUGAGCCCUGCAGAAGCCACCCUCUCUCAUGUUUCUAUGAAGGAAUUCCCAACUGACAAUGAGUCCAGGAGGAACCACAAAGCCCAAGAGGAAAGGGAGGAGGUUGAGGGUCCAGCAGAGCCUCCAGCUCCACAGGAGUGUUCCAGGCCCCAGACGCCCGAAUGGCUGAUGGCCCUGGAGAGCGGCUACAAGUGCAUGGGCUGCUGCCGGGUCUUCCCCACCUUAGACGUCCUCAAGCAGCACGUGCAGAAUGGGGAGGAGCAAGAAGAAGGCAGGUCACACCAUGUGGAACAGCAAGACGCUCUUGAGCCAACUAAAGAGCAGUGA